CUUCACACGAGAUUCGCCGCUCACCUCGGACUUGAGCUUCGUACCUUCAACAGCAAACAAAUUGCUUCUGCAUGUAGCGCAGACGCGUAUUCGCCGCGGUUUCGCCUCGUUGUUUGUGAGAGCAGAAUUUGAACUUCAGCGAUAGCAGAUAACACCAUGUCUGACGCCGAUUUUGAAACCAUCAGGCGCCUGCAGGCAGAGCGCAAUGCUUUGGCUGGCGGGACGAAAGGUUCAAAGACCUUCGAUGCUUCCAACCAGCGCACUGACGUGUCGACCAAGGCAUCCUUGACUGAGAGCUUCGAUAACGACCUCUACGAGCGCGAAGGCGUUGACAAAUAUGCGGGCUAUAAUACUUCAAUCGCGGCCGAUGGUGAUGAUGAGGAUAUGGAAGAUGGCGACGAUAACACCAGACGACUCGUGGGACAGUAUACGGCAUCGCGCGACCAAAUGAACGAGUUUUCCUCUGGCGCUGGAGUAGAGGAGGAAGAUAUUCUUCUCGGACGGGAGAAGAAGGCCGCCAUUGCAGAUCGCGAGACUGAUUAUCAAAAGCGACGCUUUAAUCGCGGUGCUCUCACACCCACUCGCGCGGACCCGUUUGCGGCUAAUAGCCAAGCUGGCGUUGAAGCUGAAGGCCAGAGCUAUCGAGAGGUCAUGGCCGCUAGGGAGCUGGAAAAGGAGGAGGAGCGAGUCCGAAGAUUAAUUUCAGACAAGCAAGCGAAGGGAGAGGAUGACGUUGUCCACCAUGAAGCUACUUUGAAAAAAGAAGACACGAGCGAUAAAGAGAACAAUGAAGCCGGAUCGACAGUCUCUGUGGCGACGAGCAGAAAGCGAAAGCAGAGGUGGGACGUUAGCUCAGAGACGCCUUCCGCGGAUGCCGCCGGUGCAACGGAAGAAAAACCAAAACGAUCACGAUGGGAUCAAACUCCGGUUCCCGGCGCAGAGGAGGGCCCCAAGCGACGUUCGCGAUGGGACCAGGCUCCAACUCUUACCGGCGCAACGCCCGUUGGCAAUCAAGGGCUUGCCACCCCAAUGCAUCCCUCUCAAGCGGGCGGUGCUCCAAUGCUCCCCACUGCUUUUGGAACCGAUAUAUCCUCUCGUAACGCGCCACUUUCUGAUGAGGAACUUGACCUGAUGCUUCCUUCUGAGGGCUACAAGAUACUCGAUCCCCCGCCUGGCUAUGAGCCUAUUCGUACCCCUGCUAGAAAGCUUAUGAGCACUCCUGCUCCCAUGGGUGGUGCGGGUGGCUUGGGCGGCUUCAUGAUGCAGGAGCCUGAAAGUGCCCGCAUGCUUGGAAAGCAGAUGCCGACGGACAUUCCUGGAGUCGGAGACCUGCAAUUCUUCAAGGCCGAGGACAUGACUUACUUUGCAAAGUUGGUAGAUGGUGCUGAUGAGAAUUCCUUGUCUGUGGACGAAUUGAAGGAACGCAAGAUUAUGCGAUUACUUCUCAAGGUCAAGAAUGGAACACCACCUAUGCGAAAGACUGCGUUGCGUCAACUUACAGACAAUGCUCGCCAAUUCGGUGCUGGUCCGCUCUUCAACCAAAUUUUGCCAUUACUUAUGGAGAAGACCCUGGAGGACCAAGAACGGCAUUUGCUUGUCAAAGUCAUUGACCGUAUUCUUUACAAGCUCGAUGAUCUAGUCCGGCCAUAUGUCCAUAAAAUUCUCGUCGUUAUCGAGCCUCUCCUUAUCGACCAAGACUACUACGCCCGUGUUGAAGGACGCGAAAUUAUCUCCAAUUUGAGUAAAGCCGCCGGUCUCGCACACAUGAUUAGUACGAUGCGUCCCGAUAUUGACCAUGUCGACGAAUAUGUUCGGAACACAACUGCGCGUGCUUUCGCCGUAGUCGCUUCUGCUCUGGGAAUUCCGGCUUUGCUGCCAUUCCUACGGGCCGUCUGUAGGAGCAAAAAGUCCUGGCAAGCUCGUCACACGGGUGUCAAGAUUGUGCAGCAGAUCCCAAUCUUGAUGGGUUGUGCCAUUCUUCCACAUCUGAAGGGCUUGGUAGACUGCAUUGGGGAUAAUUUGAAUGAUGAGCAAGCUAAAGUUCGCACUGUCACCAGUUUGGCUAUUGCUGCACUUGCUGAAGCUGCGAAUCCAUACGGUAUUGAGAGCUUUGAUGAUAUUCUGAACCCUCUAUGGACCGGUGCUCGGAAGCAACGAGGAAAGGGUCUCGCUGGUUUCCUCAAAGCGGUUGGAUAUAUUAUUCCUCUCAUGGACGAAGAAUAUGCCAACUACUACACUAGCCAAAUCAUGGAGAUUCUUCUUCGAGAGUUUUCGUCACCUGAUGAGGAAAUGAAGAAGGUUGUCCUUAAGGUGGUCUCGCAGUGUGCCAGCACCGACGGUGUCACAGCUGGCUACUUGAAAGAAAAUGUCCUGCAGGAAUUCUUCAAGAGCUUCUGGGUACGGAGGAUGGCCCUAGACAAACGCAACUAUCGUCAGGUAGUUGAGACCACAGUUGACCUGGGCCAAAAGGUCGGAGUCGGAGAGAUCAUCGAGAGAAUCGUGAAUAACCUGAAAGACGAAAGCGAAGCAUAUCGCAAAAUGACAGUAGAGACUGUCGAGAAGGUCGUCGCCAGUUUGGGCGCCGCUGAUAUUGGCGAGAGACUGGAAGAGCGUCUCAUUGACGGUAUACUGCACGCUUUCCAGGAGCAAAGCGUCGAGGACAUUGUCAUGUUGAACGGUUUCGGCACCGUUGUCAACGCACUUGGAACGCGAUGCAAGCCUUACCUCCCACAAAUUGUCAGUACGAUUCUCUGGCGGCUGAACAACAAGUCAGCUACUGUGCGACAGCAAGCAGCCGACCUCAUCUCUCGUAUUGCCAUGGUCAUGAAGCAGUGCGGCGAGGACGCUCUCAUGGGAAAACUGGGUAUCGUUCUCUACGAAUAUCUCGGAGAAGAAUAUCCCGAAGUCCUUGGAUCUAUCCUCGGUGCUCUUCGAUCCAUUGUCACCGUUGUUGGUAUCAAUUCCAUGCAGCCGCCAAUCAAGGACCUCUUGCCCAGACUGACACCCAUUUUACGAAACCGUCACGAGAAGGUCCAAGAGAACACCAUCGAUCUUGUGGGUCGUAUUGCCGACCGCGGACCCGAAAGUGUUAAUGCGAGAGAAUGGAUGAGAAUCUGCUUCGAGCUUCUCGACAUGCUCAAGGCUCACAAGAAGGGCAUUCGUCGUGCAGCCAACAACACCUUUGGCUUCAUUGCCAAAGCUAUCGGUCCGCAAGAUGUCCUCGCCACGCUACUGAACAACCUGCGAGUCCAGGAACGUCAGUCGCGUGUCUGCACGGCCGUGGCCAUCGGUAUUGUCGCAGAAACUUGCGCGCCAUUUACUGUCCUACCGGCCCUGAUGAACGAGUACCGUGUUCCCGAACUCAACGUCCAGAACGGAGUGUUGAAAUCACUCUCUUUCCUCUUCGAAUAUAUCGGCGAAAUGGCCAAGGACUACGUCUACGCAGUCACUCCCUUGCUCGAGGACGCCCUUAUCGACCGAGACCAAGUCCACCGCCAGACGGCCGCCUCUGUGGUCAAGCAUGUUGCGCUCGGUGUUGUCGGUCUAGGCUGCGAAGACGCCAUGGUCCACCUGCUCAACCUGCUCUAUCCCAAUCUGUUCGAAACGAGCCCUCACGUCAUCGACCGUAUCAUUGAAGCCAUCGAGGCUAUCCGUAUGGCAGUCGGCUCUGGGCUGGUUCUCAACUACGUCUGGGCAGGCCUUUUCCACCCUGCUCGCAAAGUCCGCCAGCCAUACUGGCGUCUCUACAAUGAUGCUUAUGUACAGGGCGCGGAUUCCAUGGUUCCUUACUAUCCGACUUUCGAUGACGACAAAUUAGCGCGGCACGAACUAGGAAUCAUCAUUUGAUUGCACUUUGCGAAUCAUCUGCUUGGCUUGGGAGGAGCGGGGGAAAAAAGAUUGCAAUUAUUUUCUUUUUCUAAAGGGGUUCUCGGGUUCUCGGGUAUGGCGUUUAAUUUUCCCCACUGUUUGUAGCUGUUUUCGGAUACUUUCCGGUUUAUUAUCUUUUUUAUCUUUCAUUAUUACUUGUUUCCCCUUUCUUCCUUUUUUGAUAAGAGUAUGUACCAUGUAGCCUUCAAACGGUCAAUGAGAGAGUAAGAGAUGUAGUAACAAAAGACAACAAUUAAUGCCAAGACAACUGAAUAUAUACGUGAAGCUCC